GUUAGUAUCUACACUUUAACAAAGUAGGUAGAUACUGUUCGAAUAUUCCACACACAAAAGCAGCGGUGUCGCGACACUAGCUACAUUCGAUCUUUUGCUGUGUACAUCGUAUUCAGCAAAGUUCAAUCCCUGCAGGCAAGUAUGGACCCCCGUUUGAUGUGCCACUUCGACGACGCCAGCGGCUGCGACUCCCCCCGCAGCAGCCACCUGUCCGACGAAGACGAACUUCAACGGGUAGCUCGCCUGCAGGCCAAGAAGGCCAUGAUUGUGCAAUCCCCCGUGUGCAAUUUUGAAGCCUUCAGUCACUUCUUUCACCUUCCCCUGAAAGCAGCGGCGGAGAAGUUUGGGGUGCGCGCCACUGCAUUCAAGAAACGGUGUCGCUCCAUUGGCAUCCGACACUGGCCGUACCGAAAGGUUCGCAGCCUCAAGCGGUCCCUUCAAGAGCUCAACCGAUGCAAGGAAAACGGGAUCCUGAACGACAAGCAGUUGUACCAGUUCGACACGUUCAAGAAACAGCUAGACAAACUCAUGUCCCCCGUCACUUAUGGGAUUGACCCCUCUGGCCAGCUGAUGCAUGCAUUUGUCGACGAUGACGACGAUUUCGACUCGGGGGAUGACAUGUGCUCUGUGGAGAGCCCCCGUUACGGCGCGUCGUUCUCCGACUGCUCCAUUAGUCCCUCUGACAUGGACAAAUCCUCGCAAGCGUUCCCCGACUACCCCAACGACAUGCACACCAACUCGUUUGACAAACUGCCGUCACUGAGAAAGCCAUCGAUGAACACUGCCUUUCAGUGCAUACCUCGAACGAUCAAUGUCCCCGUGCUGUCAGACAUGCCCGCCCUCACGUUACGCAUGACGUCGAAAGAUAUGUCGUCCAUGCAUGCUUCCAAGAUGGCGCCCCCUUCGGCGGCGAUGGACACGUACUUUGAUCGCCCCAUGCACAUGCACCAUCUCGAUGAGUACAUGGACCACCAUCAUGACGCCGAAGGCCACGACGAACAUGUGUGCCCUAUGGGAGACGAUGAUAUCAUGCUCACAGAUAUCAAAUAUGAAGACGACGAUACCGCCUUCCACGACGGCGUCGACUACGGAGGCGAGCGCUUCUUUGAUGACGUGUUCCUGCAAAUCUCCCCCGACUACGGCUGUUUAGUUUAGGCUACGGUGGGGUAGAGCGUUAGAUAUAGCCAGCCAUAGUACAUAGUCGUACGUGCGGCUUGUAAAACUACGAAUGUACACUUAUUCCACCACUCAACUCCGGGUAGAGAAAACGCG